UAGGCAUUAGGCUUUUAUUUUGUACAAGCUUUUAUUUUGAAAUGGUUUCCUGCCUUAGGAGUUCCAGGCGUUAGUUUCCUGUUAGUGGUUAGAGGAAAAUGGUGGAAUCCAUCAACAUGCUUUCGUCAUCCAUUGCAAUCCACAUCGUAAAUGCUGCAGAGGCAAUGUCUUUUCACUCUUCUGUCUGUGACAUGAUAUAAAGAGCCACAGUAAACAGCUUGAGAAGCUUACUACGACUCAACUCGUCAUUUGCAGAAAGAGUUUAGCUAGUUGAAUAGCUGCGGUUGCUACACCGUAGCGAAGACAACAUAGUGAAAAGACAAAGAAAGCUGGCGUUGUACAUCGUGGUAAGAUGGAUAGCAAACAAAGCGACAGGGAGUCAGUGGCCAGUAAAAGAAGUUCACGGUCUUCAACUUCAUCAGCUGGCUCAGUAACACGUGCUCGUGCUAAAGCGGAGGCAGCUAAAGCACGCGCUACAUUUGCAAACAAAGAAGCUAAAGCUAAGCUAGAAAGAGCUGCAACGGAGGCUAAGCUACAGAAAGAAAAGGCAGAAAAAGAAGCGGAAUAUUACAAAGAGAAAGCAGCAAUCGAGUUCGAAUUGCAGCUAGAGAAGGCAAGAAAGGAUGCUGAGCUAGAAGCGCUUGCUAGUUAUCGCGAAGCCGCAGCGGCCGAAGCUGAAGCUGCCGUGUGGGAAGAUGCAAUGGACAAUUUUGUUGUACUGGAUGAAGCAGGCCCAUCAGAGAAGGACAAACUGGAGCGUACAAGUGAAUAUGUCCAGUCUCAAUACGAGCUACACUCAGGUGAAACCCAUCCACGUACCAGGUCACUAAGACAAGCAGCCAUGAAUGCUAGUUCCCAAGUAUCUCAGCUUCCGACAGAUGAAACCCAUCAAGGAUAUUCUUCCAAUCCUUUCUCUCCAACAUGGCAGCCGCCUGUUAGUCCUAAAGAACCGUCAUAUGCAAAAAAUAUUACCAACCCUGCAUUAGCAAACUAUGGCUCGGAAAAUGUGCAAACACCUUCAGCUAUUAAAGUGGAAAGGCAAGUCCCACGAAAGGAGACUGACCAUCAGACAAACAUAAACAUGCGUAACGCAUACUCAAACAACCCUCCUCAGCCUUCCCUUCCACACUUCAUAUCAACAGCUAGCCAUGGUGCACCCGGAGCCGAACAUCUAGCACAGUUCUUGGCUCGUCGCGACCUGGUGAGUUCAAGUUUAUAUAAAUUUGAUGAUAACCCAGAAAACUAUCGAGCUUGGCAUUCAUCAUACAUAAACGCCACUCAAGGGCUAGGCCUCACAGCCACGGAGGAGCUAGACUUAAUGACUAAGUGGCUCGGUAGAGAAUCCAGCGACCAAGUCAGACGUCUCCGUUCAGUGCACGCGACGAAUCCUGUCGUAGCACUCAGAAGGGCCUGGGAACGUCUCCAGGAAUGUUAUGCAGCACCCGAAGUCAUCGAAAGGUCCCUUUUCAACCGGCUCGAUCAUUUCCCAAGGCUUUCAGGGAAAGAACACACAAAGCUACGAGAACUAGCCGACCUGUUAAUGGAGGUGCAGGGAGCCAAGGAGGACGGCUACCUCCCAGGCCUGUCUUACCUGGACACCGCAAGAGGGAUCGAACCCAUAGUUGCAAAACUGCCUUAUGGUCUUCAAGAAAGAUGGGUAUCCGCCGGUUCAAAGCACAAGGAUGAAAAUAAUGGACGAUUUCCCCCAUUCGAGUUCUUUGCAAGUUUUGUACACCACGAGGCACGGAAAAGGAAUGACCCUAGCUUUGCCAUUCAAGGUACUAGCGGCUUAGCUGCGAAGCCUGAAAGGCCCUCCUUUAGAAGUAACCAAACCCCUAUAUCAGUUCACAAGACGGAUAUAGCCUCAACACACUCAAACGACCUAAAAGGAACCGGCGAUCCAAACAAAACCUGUCCAAUACAUGGUAAACCCCACCCACUCAGACGAUGCAAAGCCUUCAGAGCCAAACACCUAGAGGAAAGGAAAAGCUUUCUCAAGGCAAAGGGAAUCUGCUUCAAAUGCUGCAGUUCAACUACGCACUUGGCAAGAGACUGUCCAACUACAGUCAAGUGUAUAGAGUGUGAUAGUACCUACCACGACGCUGCUAUGCAUCCGGGUCCUGCACUUCAAGACGGGGCUCCCUCAACCUCACCACACAACGGCGGGGAGAGAGAAGAGAGCAGUGACACUAAAGCCGUCGUCAGCGCAAGCUGCACCGAAGUUUGUGGAGCACGACAAGUCGGCAAGUCAUGUUCCAAGAUUUGCUUAGUGAAAGUAUACCACAAACGUCAACCAGACAAAGCCAUCAAGGCCUACGCCAUAUUGGACGACCAAAGCAACCGAUCGUUAGCAAGGUCUACUUUCUUCGAGCUCUUCGACAUCAAGUGCGAACCAUAUUCCUAUUCUUUGAGGACGUGUUCCGGCACAACAGAAACAUCCGGACGUAGGGCUGAAGAGUUUGUGGUGGAGUCACUCGACAGCAGGGUCACAAUCCCUCUACCACCCCUCAUCGAGUGCAACGACAUUCUUGACAAUCGGUCAGAAAUCCCAACGCCAAACGCAGCUCUAUGUCACCCUCACCUUCGCAAGGUAGCAGAACACAUUCCAGAAGUUAACCCCACAGCAGAGAUUCUCCUGUUACUCGGCAGAGAUAUCAUUAGAGUUCACAAGGUACGGGAACAAAUCAAUGGUCCACACAAUGCCCCAUUUGCCCAACGCCUAGAUCUGGGCUGGGUGCUAGUAGGAGAAGUCUGCUUGGGGAAUGCACACAAGCCUACAGUUAGCACCUUCAAGACAGCUCUGCUCGACAAUGGCCGCCCAUCGCUCCUUCCACCUUGCACCAGUUUUCUACGAGUCAAAGAAAUGGUUCCUUGUAGCAGGGAGACAAGACACACCUCCAGUAAGGUUACAGGAGAAGUGUUGGGACAAACUGUUUUCAAUCACACAGAAAACGACAACAGGUUGGCACCCUCAUUUGAAGACAAGGUUUUCUUGAAGCUUAUGGACGAAGAGGUCUUCAGGAAUGAGUCACAAAGUUGGGUAGCUCCACUCCCAUUCCGACAACCAAGACAAUACUUACCUAACAACCGGGAACAGGCAGUGCAGCGCUUUGGAUCACUUCAACGAAGCCUGAGUAGGAAGCCAGAUAUGCAACAGCAGUUUGUGGCCUUCAUGGGAAAAAUAUUGGAGAACGACCACGCCGAAGUCGCACCACCUCUGGCAGAAGACGAAGAAUGUUGGUACCUGCCGACCUUUGGUGUGUUCCAUCCACAAAAGCCAGGUCAAAUCAGAGUGGUUUUCGACUCAAGUGCUAAACAUGCCGGGGUUUCCCUCAAUGAUGUGCUCCUCACAGGCCCAGACCUGAACAACUCACUUCUUGGAGUUCUGUUGCGGUUUCGGAAGGAAAAGGUUGCUGUCCUAGCGGACAUACAGCAGAUGUUUCACUGCUUUGUGGUACGAGAAGAUCACAGGAACUACCUCAGAUUUCUUUGGUACAGGGACAACGAUGUGACCAAAGACGUCAUAGACUUCAGAAUGAAGGUUCAUGUCUUCGGCAACAGCCCGUCUCCCGCAAUAGCUAUUUACGGGCUUAGACGAGCUAUCAGAGAGGGUUCCCAAAAACAUGGGGAAGACACAGUCAACUUUGUUAUGCGUCACUUCUACGUCGACGAUGGCCUUUGUUCUAUGCCAACGGAUGCGGAAGCCAUCGACUUACUGCGCCGAACCCAGACUUCACUUGCCGAGUCUAACCUCCGCCUUCACAAGUUUGCCUCAAACAGUAAAGAAGUCUUGCAAGCUUUCCCACCAGAAGACCGUAUAGGGGCCUCAAAGGAUGUCGACCUCAGCGGGGAAGCUGCACACACUCAACGGAGCCUGGGUCUUCUAUGGGAGAUAACCAGGGACACGUUCACCUUCUCUGCUUCAACUGAUAUGAAGCCAUUUACUCGCCGUGGAGUCCUCUCCACGGUAAACAGUGUUUUUGACCCUUUUGGGUUCGUGGCCCCGGUCACUAUUCAAGGAAGAGCCCUUCUCAGGGAACUCACAGUCGAACUUUCUGGUUGGGAUGCACCGCUACCUGCAGACAAAUUGAGAAAGUGGGAGGCCUGGAGAGACUCACUCCAAGACCUCAAGCUCCUUCACAUACCAAGGACAUACACAGCAGUCUCUCUAGCUAAAGCGGUGAGAACUGAGCUCUGCGUGUUCUCUGAUGCAUCCACUAAAGCCAUUGGCGCUGUGGCAUACUUGAAGGCCAUACAAGAAGACAAACAAAUUCAGAUUGGAUUUGUUAUGGGAAAGUCAAAACUGGCACCUCAGUCUGAACCAACCAUCCCAAGACUCGAGCUAUGUGCAGCCGUCUUGGCCGUGGAAAUGGCAGAGCUAAUUCAGGAUGAACUGGAUGUUAAGCUGGAUUCAACCAAGUUCUACAGCGACAGCAAGGUUGUUCUUGGCUAUAUCUACAACGAAAGCAAACGUUUCCAUGUCUACGUGCAUAAUAGAGUUCAGCGUAUUCGCCAAUCCACGAAACCCGAACAAUGGCACUAUGUGCACACAGAGGAAAAUCCUGCUGACCAUGCAUCAGUUCCUGCUUCACGUCUGCCAGAAACAACGUGGUUCACAGGGCCCAACUUCCUCUACAAAACUCCCGACAAACCAGUAAAGACAUUCGAUCUCAUCAAACCAGAUAUGGAUGUAGAGAUCCGUCCAGAAGUAAGGAGCUAUGCCACAAAGCUCGAAGAGAAAGGACUCAGCUCAGAACGCUUUCAAAGGUUCUCCAGCUUCAAGACCCUUGUUCGAGCCGUUGCACUCCUAAUACAUAUCGCAAGGUGUCAAAAACUAUCCAACUGGAGUGACAAAUGUAAGGGAUGGCAUAAGUGUGAUCUGUCUCGCACCCCAGACGAACUAUGUCAAGCGAAGGAGGUCAUCAUCAGAGCUGUUCAGAAGGAAGCGUUCAAAAAAGAAUUUGAAGCUUUGGAGACAUCUAGGCCAGUCCCCUUGAACAGCAGCCUUCAUCGGCUUAGCCCAAUGUUGCAGAACAAUCUUAUCUGCCUUGGAGGCCGGCUGAAGAAUGCUAACCUGAACAUUGGAGAAAAGAACCCGGUUAUCCUCCCCAAAGACAACCACGUUUCCUUGCUACUCGCCAGAUACCACCACGCUGAGGUCAAACAUCAAGGUCGUCACCUGACGGAAGGUGCUGUCAGGGCAGCGGGAUUUUGGCUCUUGGGCGGGAAAAGGAUCAUCAAUUCGAUUCUACACAAAUGUGUAACCUGUCGUAAGCUUAGAGGUAAAUUCCAGCAACAACGCAUGGCAGACUUACCUCCAGAACGCCUUACGACCUGUCCUCCCUUUACAUACGUGGGUUUGGACGUCUUCGGACCUUGGGUCGUCUGCACCAGACGGACAAGAGGGGGGCAAGCUGAGAGCAAGCGGUGGGCCAUAAUGUUCUGCUGCAUGAGCUCCAGGGCUGUCCACAUCGAGGUCAUUGACUCGAUGGACACAUCAGGCUGCAUCAACGCUUUAAGACGUUUCUUUGCAAUAAGAGGACCAGCCAAACAACUGCGAUCAGAUUGCGGCACAAACUUCAUAGGGGCCUGUAAAGAACUUGGAAUGAGCAAAGACCAACCAGAUACAACUGUGCAGAAGUAUCUUAACCAAGAAGGGUGUUCUUGGCAGUUCAAUCCCCCGCACGCCUCGCACAUGGGUGGUUCUUGGGAACGCCUGAUCGGUUUGGCCCGAAGAAUUCUUGAUUCAAUGCUUCUUGAACAGCACACUCGCUUAACCCACGAUCUCCUGUGUACACUAAUGGCAGAAGUCACAGCAAUCCUAAACGCGAGGCCACUAAUCCCAGUUUCAAACGAUCCCGAGGAUCCAUUGAUCUUGUCGCCAUCAAUGCUCCUAACUCAGAAAGGGGGAGUCCCUUCCCCACCCGGGGAUUUCACAGACAAAGACCUCCUCACCAAGCAAUGGAGACAAGUUCAAGCGCUGGCCAACAGGUUCUGGAAUCGUUGGAGUCGUGAGUACUUGCCCACCUUGCUUUGCAGGAAGAAAUGGCACAAGUCUUACCGAAACCUUCAGGAGGGAGACAUUGUCCUUCUUAAAGACACUCAAGUAGCCCGUAACCACUGGCCAACGGCUAUAAUCACAAAGACCUUUCCUGGAAAAGAUGGGAGAGUGAGGAAAGUGGAACUAAGGACCACAGUUCAUGGAUCUUCAAAGACUUUCCUCAGGCCAGUCUCCGAGGUGAUCUUACUUUUAGUUAAGGACUGAUGUACUGAAACUCAUUUCCUAGUUUAGUAGUACUAGUGACCUCACUGAGGCCAGGCGGGGAGUGUGUUGCCUUUUAGGCAUUAGGCUUUUAUUUUGUACAAGCUUUUAUUUUGAAAUGGUUUCCUGCCUUAGGAGUUCCAGGCGUUAGUUUCCUGUUAGUGGUUAGAGGAAAAUGGUGGAAUCCAUCAACAUGCUUUCGUCAUCCAUUGCAAUCCACAUCGUAAAUGCUGCAGAGGCAAUGUCGUAAGUUGAUAACUUCAUUGUUUUAAUUAUAAGGUUAAUGUUAAGAUGCAUAUUUACAGUAAAAGGAGAUUUGACGACUGUAAUUAAAAAACGUUUUAUUCACAUAUGUUUACGUAGGACUAAACAAUUUUGUAUCUUGUGUUUGUUACAGUUUUCACUCUUCUGUCUGUGACAUGAUAUAAAGAGCCACAGUAAACAGCUUGAGAAGCUUA